AUGAAACCGUCGGAUUUGUUGUUGGUGCUGGAGAAGGUCAAGUUCAGGGUGCCCCUGCCGCCAGGAGUCAGCUCGACGACGCUCCUGCCCAAGCUCAUCCGCACCAAGGACGUGAAGCAGCUGCAGGACGGCAACGCACAGCCACAGAAGCCCAAGCUAACGAAAUGUCUCAACACGCUGGACCUGACCUCGCUGGGCAUCGGAUCCUGCUGCGGCACGGGCAUGUACCUGGUGGCCGGCAUGGUGGCCCAGAAGAUAGCCGGACCCGGAGUGAUUAUUAGUUUUAUUAUAGCCGCCAUAGCGAGUAUUUUCUCAGGCGCCUGCUAUGCGGAGUUUGGCGUUCGUGUGCCACACACAUCCGGCUCGGCCUAUAUGUAUUCAUAUGUGGCGGUUGGAGAAUUCGUAGCUUUUAUAAUUGGUUGGAACAUGAUAUUGGAAUAUCUAAUAGGAACAAGUGCCUGUGCCUGUGCGUUAAGUUCUAGUUUUGAUUCACUGACCGGCAAUGCCAUUGCGCGAACGAUAAGCGAGUCCAUUGGUACGAUAUUCGGCAAGCCACCUGACUUUAUUGCCUUCGGCAUCACACUGCUUAUGACCUGCGUCCUGGCGAUGGGUGCCAGCAAGUCGGUCAUCUUCAACCACUCACUCAACGCCGUCAACCUGGCCACAUGGGUCUUCGUCAUGGCCGCCGGGCUGUUCUACGUGGACACGAAGACGUGGUCCGAGCACCAGGGAUUCCUGCCCUACGGCUGGAGUGGUGUAUUUUCUGGUGCUGCAACCUGCUUCUACGCAUUUAUCGGUUUCGAUAUCAUCGCGACAACCGGCGAGGAGGCACACAAUCCGCAGAAGAGUAUACCGAAGGCGAUCGUUGGUUCCCUGGUCGUCGUGCUAAUCGCCUACGUUAGCGUUAGUCUAGUCCUAACUUUAGUGGUUCCCUACGACCACAUCAAUACGGGAGCGGCGCUGGUCCAGAUGUGGUCGUACGUGAGUGCCCCGAAGUGCCGGGCGGUGGUGGCCAUCGGAGCCACCGCAGGACUCUCGGUGGCCAUGUUUGGCUCCAUGUUCCCCAUGCCACGUGUCAUUUAUGCGAUGGCCCAGGACGGUUUGAUCUUCAGGCAACUGUCGCAGCUGUGGCACCGCACCAAUGUGCCCGGACUGGCGACCAUUGGCAGCGGGCUGGCCGCCGCCCUGGUGGCGCUCACCGUGCGCCUGGAGAUCCUCGUCGAGAUGAUGUCCAUUGGGACGCUGCUGGCCUACACGCUGGUGUCCACCUGUGUCCUGGUGCUGCGCUAUCAGCCGCACAGCACAUCGCUGGUGGAGCUUCUGCCAGCCCAGCUGCGCACCCCGGUCGCGCCCGGGACUGCCAGCGAUUCCCGCUCCCACGUCACGCCUGCCGAAGUGCUCGAGGUGCCUGGCAAGCUGACCAUCAAGCGGGUCACGCGCGGCAUGUCCGACUCGGACGACUCGUUCAUCGACGACAGCCCGGAGGGUUUCCUGGGCGGGCGCGACGACCAGUUCCUUGUGUCCGAUCGCUCCGAAAACAAGUUCUACGGCAGUGUACAUGGCGCACCCACCGGGCCCACUGGCCAGGCGACCGCCUUCGAUGCCAUGGGCCUGAACUUCGUCACCCGGAAGAUCCACGACUAUGCGUACCUGUGCCCCGGCUUCUUCCCUUGGAUCAAUCCCGGCCAGGCCACCGCCGAGAGUGGCAUGUACGUCACCAAGCUAGUGGGCAUCAUGUUCGGUCUCAUAUUCUUCCUGGACCUGUUCGCGGCCAUUGGCUGGUCCGGUGGCCUCGCCGCCUUCAUUUAUUUCAUUUUGUUUAUCGGCAUAUUUGUGAUAUUAUUGAUUAUAUCGAGGCAGCCACAGAAUAGAUAUGCGCUGGCCUUCCUCACGCCCGGACUCCCGUUCAUCCCGGCCAUCGCCAUCACCGUGAACAUCUACCUGAUAUUCAAGCUGAGUAUCCUGACACUGGUCCGCUUCACCGUAUGGAUGUCGCUGGGAUUCGUCAUGUACUUCUACUACGGUAUCACGCACAGCAGCCUCGAGCAGGCCAGCGACGACCUGGAGCUGCACGUCGACUACAGCAAAAACGUCGAGGAGAAGGCCGUGUGGGAUCAACAGUCGUACAACCAGACCCACGAACCCGUCUGGGCCAGCAAGGAGGUGAAACAGCCGUCGAAGCAACGCUAUAAUUACGGAAAGACCACGUCGUCUUCGUCGUCGGCCCAUGCCAAUUCGAGGAGUGGCCAGGGCAGUGCGCCGGAGAAGCCAGGUGGCAGGAGCACUGCGGGCUCAAACCGACCUGUUCCACCACCUCCGAUCGCCGGCCAGGCGAAGGGAUCGGGAUCGGGCAGCGGUCCUCCGAUGGAACGCCAGUACACUGGCCAGUUCAGCAUGUUCGUGGACGAGGGUCAGUUCCCCACGUGGGAUGACUAAGCACAGAAACCCAGUUGCAGUCCCAGUCCAUGUCCCUGUCCCUGUCCCAGUUACCAUUCCAGUUCCAUUUCCCCAAGCCCUAUUCCCGCUAUUUCCCGAGUGAUGUUCCAUCAACAAAAGACAACCCACUCACAUCGGCUCCGAUCUCAAAGGCAGUCUGUUCGCUGGAUCCGGACCAGUAUCUUGAUCCGGUCAGCCGGAUGCAGCUCACUCACUUGUAAAUACGAUUAGAGAUGUUAAGUUUAACCAUACGGCGAGGUGUGUUGUUUUCGGUUUGCAGAUGCAUACCGUAUACAAGGCAUGUGCACGAGGCCUGGACGGUGGAGUCAUUGUUCACAGCACUCCGCUGGACCCACAGCGUGGUCACCGUUAUA